AUGCACGCAAACAACCGGAUGAACAUUCACAGAUACGCGCGCACCGGCGCAAAUGCACCCCGCCCAGGAAGGGCAGGUCUGUCGACGACUUCUGGACACGCUCAUGGGAAGAUUGAUCCGGAGUUGCCUAAUGUGCGGCAGUUUUUGGGGAUUCCAUAUGCACAACCACCUGUUGGCGAGCUGAGGUGGAAAGCACCUGAGGCUCUGUCCCAGCCAGACGAGCAGAUCCAAGCGACUGAGUUGCCGCCUAGCUGCAAUCAGUUCCUUUCGUCGACGGGAAAUUCGUUGUAUACGAGGGAUGUUCUGGAGUUCAAUCUGCAGGGCUUGAAUCGCACUGGAAGCACAUCUGAGGAUUGCUUGACGGCUUCUGUCUGGACGCCAGUCAGCCAGAAGUAUGGAGGUCGAUGGUGGGGUGGGCAGAAGCAGCAGCAAGGCUUGCCAGUUCUCAUCUACAUCUACGGCGGCGGAUAUGCAAAUGGCGGAGAGGACGUGCCGUACCAAACCCCGACGCAACGGGUGAAUCGAUCUCCCAACCACAUUGUGGUCUCGUUCAACUACCGCGUGAACAUCUUCGGCUUCCCCGGAGCCAAGGGCCUUGAAGACCAGAACUUUGGACUUCUGGACCAGCGGGCAGCUGUGGAAUGGGUCAAGGAGAACAUCGCGGCGUUUGGCGGUGAUCCGAAUAGGAUGACUCUCUUCGGUCAAAGUGCGGGUGCUGCCUCCGUGGACUUCUACAACUUCGCCUAUCCAGAAGACCCCAUCGUCACUGGCCUCAUCAUGGAGUCCGGCACGGCGUUCAUACCUAUCGGUGGAGAUGCUACGGGUGGGAGUUUCAAUCUUGUUGCAGACAGCGUUGGCUGUAAAGGAUUGGCGAACGAUACUACUGGGCAACUGGCUUGUUUGCGCAAAGUCCCAGCACAAACGAUCGAGACUUUUGUUGCAAACUACUCCGACAGUGGUGCUUCGCCUGGUCUGGAAUUCGGCCCUAUCCCUGAUGGAAAGUCCGUCUUCGCAAACUACACUCAACGAGCGCUCGAUGGCAAUCAAGCCAAAGUUCCAGCCAUCGUCGGCACAAACCUCGACGACGGCGUCGCCUUCGCGCCAUACAACCCCUCCGGCCCCAACACAACCCUCGCGCACGCCGCCCUCCUAGCGACCUUCGUCUGCCCAGCUACGAAAACCAUCCGUCUCCGCCAACAAACCGGCCGACAGACGUACAGCUACCGCUACUCCGGCAACUUCACCAACAUCUCGCCUCGUCCGUGGAUGGGCGCUUACCAUUCCUCCGAGCUGCCGCUGCUUUUCGGGACGCAUCCUAACUAUAGGGGCCCGAGCACGGAUUUGGAGUAUGCGACGAGUGUUGCGAUGCAGGAUGCCUGGGUUGCUUUUGCGAGCGAUCCGGUUAAGGGGUUGGUGAGUCAGAAUUGGAAGGUUUAUGAGAUGUUGGGAGAGACGGAGGUUAGGGAGUUUGGGGUUUGGGUUGCUGCGAAGGAUGUGAGUCUUGCUGAUGUAGAGGGACAAUGUUGA